ACCAAAUGCUGAUGAAGAUGGGGAGAAAAUAGAUCUCUCAUAGAUUGCUGGCGGCAAGGUAAAAUGUUGCAUUCACUCUGAAAAUAAUUUAGCAAUUACUCAGUCUCACAUGUCUGUGGCAUGACCCCUCCCACUUCUUUAAAUAUCAGCUGGGGAAGAGGUCUGAGUAAUACUUGAGAGGGAAGUGGUUCAUUUCAGUGGCUGACUUCCAGAGAGCAAUAUGGCUGGUUCCCCAACAUGCCUCACCGUCAUCUAUAUCCUUUGGCAGCUCACAGGGUCAGCAGCCUCUGGACCCGUGAAAGAGCUCGUCGGUUCCAUUGGUGGGGCCGUGACUUUCCCCCUGGAGUCCGAAGUAAAGCAAAUUGACUCUAUUGUCUGGACUUUCAACACAACCACUCUUGUCACCACACAGCCAGGAGGCGCUAUCAUAGUGACCCAAAAUCGUAAUAAGGAGAGAGUAGACUUCCCAGAUGGAGGCUACUCCCUGAAGCUCAGCAAACUGAAGAAGAAUGACUCAGGGAUCUACAACGUGGAGAUAUACAGCUCAUCCCUCCAGCAUCCCUCCACUCAGAAGUAUGUGCUGCGUGUCUAUGAGCACCUGUCAAAGCCUAAAGUCACCAUGGGUCUGCAGAGCAAUAAGAAUGGCACCUGUGUGACCAAUCUGACAUGCUGCAUGGAACAUGGGGAAGAGGAUGUGAUUUACACCUGGAAGGCCCUGGGGCAAGCAGCCAAUGAGUCCCACAAUGGGCCCAUCCUCCCCAUCUCCUGGAGAUGGGGAGAAAGUGAUACGGCCUUCAUCUGCGUUGCCAGGAACCCUGUCAGCAGCAACUUCUCAAGCCCCAUCCUUGCCAGGAAGCUCUGUGAAGGUGCUGCUGAUGACUCAGAUUCCUCCAUCGCCCUCCUGUGUCUCCUGCUGGUGCCCCUCCUGCUCAGUCUCUUUGUACUGGGGUUAUUUCUUUGGUUUCUGAAGAGAGAGAGACAAGAAGAGUCCAUUGAAGAGAAGAAGAGAGCAGACAUUUGUCGGGAAACUCCUAACAUAUGCCCCCAUUCUGGAGAGAACACAGAGUACGACACAAUCCCUCACACUAAUAGAACGAUCCUAAAGGAAGAUCCAGCAAAUACGGUUUAUUCUACUGUGGAAAUACCAAAAAAGAUGGAAAAUCCCCACUCACUGCUCACGAUGCCAGACACACCAAGGCCAUUUGCCUAUGAGAAUGUUAUCUAGACAGCAGUGCACUCCCGUAAGUCUCUGCUAAAAAAAAACAAUUCUCAGCCCAAAGAAAUCAAUCAAAAAAUUCACUAAUUUGACAACAAAAUUGAUAGACCACUAGCAAGACUAAUAAAGAAGAAAAGAGAGAAGAAUCAAAUAGAUGCAAUAAAAAAUGAUAAAGGGGAUAUCACCCCCGAUCCCACAGAAAUACAAACUACCAUCAGAGAAUACUAUAAACACCUCUAUGCAAAUAAACUAGAAAAUCUAGAAGAAAUGGAUAAAUUCCUCAACACAUACACCCUCCCAAGACUAAACCAAGAAGAAGUUGAAUCUCUGAAUAGACCAAUAACAGGCUCUGAAAUUGUGGCAAUAAUCAAUAGCUUACCAACCAAAAAAAGUCCAGGACCAGAUGGAUUCACAGCCGAAUUCUACCAGAGGUACAAGGAGGAGCUGGUACCAUUCCUUCUGAAACUAUUCCAAUCAACAGAAAAAGAGGGAAUCCUCCCUAACUCAUUUUAUGAGGCCAGCAUCAUCCUGAUACCAAAGCCUGGCAGAGACACAAUCAAAAAAGAGAAUUUUAGACCAAUAUCCUUGAUGAACAUUGAUGCAAAAAUCCUCAAUAAAAUACUGGCAAACCGAAUCCAGCAGCACGUCAAAAAGCAUAUCCACCAUGAUGAAGUGGACUUCAUCCCUGGGAUGCAAGGCUGGUUCAACAUAUGCAAAUCAAUAAAUGUAAUCCAGCAUAUAAACAGAACCAAAGACAAAAACCACAUGAUUAUCUCAAUAGAUGCAGAAAAGGCCUUUGACAAAAUUCAACAACCCUUCAUGCUAAAAACUCUCAAUAAAUUAGGUAUUGAUGGGACAUAUAUCAAAAUAAUAAGAGCUAUCUAUGACAAACCCACAGCCAAUAUCAUACUGAAUGGGCAAAAACUGGAAGCAUUCCCUUUGAAAACUGGCACAAGACAGGGAUGCCCUCUCUCACCACUCCUAUUCAACAUAGUGUUGGAAGUUCUGGCCAGGGCAAUAAGGCAGGAGAAGGAAAUAAAGGGUAUUCAAUUAGGAAAAGAGGAAGUCAAAUUGUCCCUGUUUGCAGAUGACAUGAUUGUAUAUUUAGAAAACCCAUUGUCUCAGCCCAAAAUCUCCUUAAGCUGAUAAGCAAAUUCAGCAAAGUCUCAGGAUACAAAAUCAAUGUACAAAAAUCACAAGCAUUCUUAUACACCAAUAACGGACAAACAGAGAGCCAAAUAAUGAGUGAACUCUCAUUCACAAUCACUUCAAAGACAAUAAAAUACCUGGGAAUCCAACUUACAAGGGAUGUGAAGGACCUCUUCAAGGAGAACUACAAACCACUGCUCAAUGAAAUAAAAGAGGAUACAAACAAAUGGAAGAACAUUCCAUGCUCAUGGGUAGGAAGAAUCAAUAUCAUGAAAAUGGCCAUACUACCCAAGGUAAUUUAUAGAUUCAAUACCAUCCUCAUCAAGCUACCAAAGACUUUCUUCACAGAAUUGGAAAAAACUAAAAAAGAGCCCACAUCGCAAGUCAAUCCUAAGCCAAAAGAACAAAGCUGGAGGCAUCACGCUACCUGACUUCAAACUAUACUACAAGGCUACGGUAACCAAAACAGCAUGGUACUGGUACCAAAACAGAGAUAUAGGUCAAUGGAACAGAACAGAGCCCUCAGAAAUAAUGCCACAUAUCUACAACCAUCUGAUCUUUGACAAACCUGACAAAAACAAGCAAAGGGGAAAGGAUUCCCUAUUUAAUAAAUGGUGCUGGGAAAACUGGCUAGCCAUAUGUAAAAAGCUGGAACUGGAACACUUCCUUACACCUUAUACAAAAAUUAAUUCAAGAUGGAUUAAAGACUUAUAUGUUAGACCUAAAACCAUAAAAACCCUAGAAGAAAACCUAGGCAAUACCAUUCAGGACAUAGGCAUGGGCAAGGACUUCAUGUCUAAAACACCAAAAGCAAUGGCAACAAAAGCCAAAAUUGACAAAUGGGAUCUAAUUAAACUAAAGAGCUUCUGCACAGCAAAAGAAACUACCAUCAGAGUGAACAGGCAGCCUACAGAAUGGGAGAAAAUUUUCUCAACCUACUUAUCUGACAAAGGGCUAAUAUCCAGAAUCUACAAUGAACUCAAACAAAUUUACAAGAAAAAAACAAACAACCCCAUCAAAAAGUGGGUGAAGGAUAUGAACAGACAUUUCUCAAAAGAAGACAUUUAUGUAGCCAAAAAACACAUGAAAAAAUGCUUAUCAUCACUGGCCAUCAGAGAAAUGCAAAUCAAAACCACAAUGAGAUACUAUCUCACACCAGUUAGAAUGGUGAUCAUUAAAAAGUCAGGAAACAACAGGUGCUGGAGAGGAUGUGGAGAAAUAGGAACACUUUUACAUUGUUGGUGGGACUGUAAACUAGUUCAACCAUUGUGGAAGACAGUGUGGCGAUUCCUCAGGGAUCUAGAACUAGAAAUAUCAUUUGACCCAGCCAUCCCAUUACUGUGUAUAUACCCAAAGGAUUAUAAAUCAUGCUGCUAUAAA